CAUUUCUAAAAUGCAAGAAUUUUCAUGAAUGAUAAAUGACCUUAAGGUAUUCAAAACACGAUUCUUAACCCCAUUCCAUUUUCAUUUUAUUCAAUUUCAUGUCAAUAGAACAAACACUUGCUAGGCGCUCUCUCUGAAGCUUCUACCAGCAGCAAUGUUGGUGCUGUUCCUUUCCAUCUUCCUCUUCUUCCUCUUCUUAUUCAAAUUCGCCACCGCCUAUGGCGAUUUCACUUUGAUGUCAAAGAAGCAUCCAAAACGCGAAUUAAUUGAAGAUAAGGUUUUUUGGAUUACUGGUGCCAGCCGUGGAAUUGGGGAGGUUUUAGCUCAACAACUUGCAAGUUUAGGGGCCAAGAUAAUAAUCUCUGCAAGGAAUGAAGCUGACCUAAACCGAGUGAAAUCGCAGCUGAAAGGUAAGCAUGCACCUGACGGGUUCAAGAUUUUACCGUUGGAUUUAACGUCUGGAGAAGAUUCUCUUAGGAAGGUUGUCGAUAUUGCAGAAUCCCUUUUUCCUGAUUCUGGUGUUGAUUAUAUGAUUCAUAAUGCUGCUUAUGAGCGUCCAAAAUCAUCCGUUUUAGAUAUAACCGAGGAUAGUCUCAAGGCAAUCUUUGAUGUCAAUGUUCUGGGGACAAUAACUCUUACAAAGCUCUUGACACCUUUCAUGUUGAAGAGGGGUAAAGGUCAUUUUGUCGUGAUGAGUAGCGCAGCAGGAAAGACACCUGCCCCAGGCCAGGCUAUAUACUCGGCUUCUAAAUUUGCACUAAAUGGGUAUUUCCAUUCCUUGCGUUCAGAGCUCUGUCAGAAAGGGAUCCAGGUAACUGUUGUCUGUCCUGGUCCUAUACAAACAGUAAAUAACGCAGGAUCGCAGGUUCCAUCUGAGAAGCGUGUGUCAGCGGAGAAGUGUGCUGAGUUGACGAUUAUUGCCGCAACCCAUGGCUUAAAGGAAGCUUGGAUAUCAUAUCAGCCUGUGCUAGUUGUCAUGUACCUUGUUCAGUACAUGCCAACUAUUGGUUAUUGGCUCAUGGACAAGGUUGGUAAGAGUCGAGUGGAAGCUGCUGUAGAGAAGGGAAACACUUAUUCUUUGAGCCUACUAUUUGGAAAAAAGAAGGCAGGGUGAUGUCUAUAGAUGCAUGUUUUUCAACAACAAAAAUGAAAAACAAUUUAUUUGGAGGUUAUUUUAUCAAACUAGUAACGCCCUUUCUGACAGAUGACAAAUUACAACAUGCAAAGUAUCUAAUCGAAGAAUAAAAGAGUAAUAUGGUAAAGAAUCUAAUCGAAGAAUAAAAGAGUAAUAUGGUAGCAUUACAUUUCUAUGCAUUUUAUUUUUCAUAAAUAGCAUGACUAGUAAAUUCUAAUGGGUGAUUCUAAUCUAGGUGCCUCUAAUCUGGGUGCCUCUACAUGUAUAAACUGAACUCAAAUUUUGUUCCUAGGUAAAAAUAAACUUAUUUGGUACUAAUAUGUAGCGAAUCUUAAAUGUAAAUUUGAGAGCUAGACACAUUCCAAGAUUGCAAAUGUGUUGGAACAUGACAUAUUUUAAUAGGGAGAUGAAUUAUUUGAA